UGUUCAUGGAGUGGGUGAGAGUUGGUGAUUUUGGGACGAUAGACAAGUAAUUAUACCUACAAGACAGAUGUGACCAUGGGUGGGUCGUGCAACCAAGCAUGCAUCAAUUCAUCUACGUAUACGUAACCAGGAUAUACAGUAUUGUCAUGGUGACCACUUCACAACCUCGGACCACCAGAUGGCCUUCCUCUUCAAUGAAGAUCUCAGCCUGUACAGAAUGCUGAGGCUGGGAUUAACUCAAAACCUAAAGACACAGGUUACCUCCCUUACUUAAAAAAUCAAAAUAGUAGCCUAAACAUGGAUCAAGGCAAGGAUCCGAUGGCAUCCCAGAAUUCCCCCAACAGGAGGUCGCUGACCCUGACACAGAUUGUGCUACUCAAUGCUGUGGUUUGUGGGGUGGAGGUGUGUGCCUGUUCUGGAUUUACAUACAUUCCACCCAUGUUACUUAAAGCUGGUUACACAGAGGAGAAUAUGAGUAUCAUAUUAGGAAUGGGGCCAUUGCUUGGCUUCUUCUUCGUACCUAUAAUCGGCCGCGCCAGCGACCGCUGUCGGAGUCAACAUGGCCGUCGAAGACCGUUCAUCCUUUUCCUGUCAAUUUUGAUAAUGUUCUCUCUCUUUAUGAUUCCUUAUGGAGAUUAUUUUAGUACGACUUUCCUCGGAAAUACACCUCUAAGUAAAUCGGUGAGUUUAAUUAUUCUCACGGUGAGCGUUGUCAUGUUAGAUUUCACGAGUCAGGCGUGUCUGACACCCUGUGAGGCUCUGCUUUCCGACGCUUCCAAGGGAACAACCCAGAAAGACCGUGUGUUCAUGGUGUACUCACAAAUGGUCAGCCUAGGGGGAUUUCUCGGCUAUCUUAUCACAGCAAUCGAUUGGAGCAAUACUUUCAUUGGUAGUUAUUUUGGGACACAGGAGCGGUCUGUAUUUACAUUACUUAUAAUACUAUUUUCAUUUCUUCUGACUGCAACAAUAUUAGUAGCUCAGGAACAACCUUUGUCAGUGUCAGAGGAAGCUGAUACGGAGAAUUUAAUCCCAAAAGAGGAAUCUGCAACUGUGUCUGUUACCGUGGGCAAUGGAGGUGCUUUCGAAUCUGGGUACGAAUCAAGUGGCUCAGACGACAGCCAACAGAGUUCAUCGCCCUAUUCUGCGGGAAGGGCAGGAAGAAAUCGUAAAUGUCACAAAAAGAAAACAACUUUCUUCCUGAAUCCUUUAAAGGGUCUCUUUGUGAUUAUCAGUCCCUUGUUAUGUGUGGGACGCUUGAGAAUAUUUAGAUAUUUUUAUAAUUUAGGGAGAUUUUUGUGGUUAAAUAUAUACGACAGACUGCCGGAAUCUCUACGUCGACUAUUCGAUGUUCCGAUAGUGCUACAAAAACUAGCAAUGGCCAACUUCUGCAGCUGGACUGCCGUGAUGGGCUUCAAUUUAUUUUUCACAGACUUCGUAGGCCAAGCUGUUUACCAGGGCAACCCAAACGCCCCGGAAAAUUCAUAUCUUCGUAAUCGUUAUGACGAAGGAGUUCGAAUGGGCAGCUGGGGGCUAUUGUUUCAUUGUAUCACCUCCACAAGUUAUGCGUUUUUUAUUGAAGGUCUCGUAGAAAAGUACGGGACGCGGAAGACUUACCUGAGUGGGAUGUUAGUAUUUUCCGUUUCCAUGUUGGGAAUGGUCCUUUACAAACAUAUAAUCUUUGUGAACCUGAUGGCAUCGCUGACGGGAUUCGCCUACGCUACUCUAACCACCAUUCCAUUUAUACUCAUCACAAAAUAUCAUUCUAACAAAGAGAUUUACUUUGCCGACACAGUGACGCGGAGUCCUUUCGGCCUGACUGGAAGUCAAGUAAUGUCGACACGUGGCAUCGCCACAGACAUGGGCACGCUGGAUAGUGCCUACUUCCUGUCUCAGGUCGUACUGUCCGCAGUGAUGGGCUACAUCGUACAUAUGACAGGGACGGUCAUCUCAUACAUGAUGACCGCCGGGGCAAUGGGAGUGAUCAGUUGUUUCCUCAUACAACAGAUAGUGACUAGUAAACAAGAUAUGCAAAACCAAGUAUACAGAAAUAGGGACCGCAGACGUAUGAUUAACUUAUAGGGGGACCGCAGACGUAUGAUUAACUUAUAGGGGGACCGCAGACGUAUGAUUAACUUAUAGGGGGACCGCAGACGUAUGAUUAACUUAUAGGGGAACCGCGAACAUAUGAUUAAUUUAUAGGGGGACCGUAGACGUAUGAUUAACUUAUAGCGGGACCGCAGACGUAUGAUUAACUUAUAGCGGGGACUGUAGACGUAUGAUUAACUUAUAGGGACCGUAGACGUAUGAUUAACUUAUAGGGGGGACCGCAGACGUAUGAUUAACUUAUAGGGGGACCGCGGACGUAUGAUUAAUUUAUAGCGGGAUCGCAGACGUAUGAUUAACUUAUAGCGGGACCGCAGACGUAUGAUUAACUUAUAGGGGGACCGCGGACGUAUGAUUAACUUGUAGGGGGACAGCAGACGUAUGAUUAACUUAUAGGGGGGACCGCAGACGUAUGAUUAACUUAUAGGGGGACCGCGGACGUAUGAUUAACUUAUAGGGGGACCGCCGACGUAUGAUUAACUUAUAGGGGACCGCCGACGUAUGAUUAACUUAUAGGGGGGACCACUGACUAUGUUUAAUUUAUAGAGUGACGGCAGACUAUGUUUUACUAAUAGAGGUGUCACAGAUGUACAAUUUACUUCUGGGCGAGUGGCAAAGACUUGCAAAUGACUUACACAGUACAGGACCUAGGCUGUAUGCAUUUUUUUUAAAAAUUUUAUCUCGACCAUAAACCGCAAGACAACUAUUGAUAAUUAUGCAUGGAUUUUGCUGUGUUAACUUAUCAGACACCUAGUGGAUCUUUGGUUGUGAUGUCACAAAAGAAAAUACCUUGGAGUCAAAUUGGCUGUUGUUCAGCUUUCAAGUCAUUUGUAAAAAUGUUGUUGUCGCAAAUAUUUAUGAACAAAUGUUGGUUUUGUGAUAAUUUUUUUCUUGAAUUUGUUCCAGUUUCACCUGAGAUUUAUAAUUUUAUUCAGUAACCUUUUAUUUUAUCCUGAUGUUCAUUGAAAAGUCUUCCUCAUUUCAUAAAUCCGAUGUGAAAGAAAAACAAAUGUGAAUUCUUUUACUUUGUAGUUUAUGAAUAUUUAUGAUGCUUCCAGAUUUUAAAGUUUCUGACUUUUUACAAGUUUACAAAGGAUUUUAGUGCAAGGUGAUAUUGUAUUCAAACACCACAAAAUGUAUUCACAAAUAUAAAACAAAUCAUGAACGAUGGUUUUUUUUUUAUGAUGAGUAAGGCAAGAUGUUUUUAUAUAUAUAUUCAGAACGCCUUUUGUCUGUCGUCAUUAAGCUUCGCCCUUCUGUAAACAAUUUACAUUUUUGACUACUUUUCUGAAUCCCUGAACCAAUUUUAA